CUAGCCAUUUGUCCUUCUCCUUCUCCCGUACCAUUGUCACAUCUCCCACUACUUUUAUAUUUUUCACGUAAUGGCGCCCUCAGCUCUAGCAGAUAUCUGCCCAAUCCCAGCAAGGCACUACACAAAGUCUUCGACCGUCGUAGCGUCGGUCUUGCAUGGGCCAAGGGAUUUGCGGUUGGAAACUCGAACAAUCUCAGAUCCCGCCGCCAAUGAACUCCAGAUCGCUAUCAAAGCCACCGGGCUGUGCGGCAGUGAUUGCUCAUACUACAGCAAGUUCCGCAACGGCGAUCUGCAGGCUUGUGAGCCUUUAUCGCUAGGCCAUGAGUCUGCUGGGGUUGUUGUAGCCAUCGGCAAUAAUGUCACUGGCUACCAGAUUGGCGACCGCGUUGCACUCGAGGUUGGUGUGCCGUGUGAUAACUGCAGGUCAUGCCAGAGGGGCCGCUACAACCUAUGCCCUAAGAUGAGGUUCCGAAGUAGUGCCAAAUCUGUACCUCACUUUCAGGGGACCCUUCAGGAACGCAUCAACCAUCCUGCAAAAUGGUGCCACAAACUCCCUUCACACGUGUCCAUGGAGUCGGCUGCGCUUUUGGAGCCUCUUUCUGUUGCGAUCCAUGCAACUAGGAGAGCUCAAAUUGAGCAGGGUGACACUGCAAUCGUCUUCGGCGCAGGUACUGUUGGACUUCUGACCGCUGCCAUGGCCAAGGUGUCUGGUGCCACAACGGUUGUCAUUGCCGAUAUCGAUUAUGGACGCAUAAAUUAUGCUCUAGCGAACGGCUUCGCGAAUAAGGGUUACAUUGUGACUGCACAAGCACAAUCAACCGAAGGCGCGGGGCAGUUUGCUGCUGCAAAGGAGCUUGCUGCAGACAUUAUGCAGAUUGCGUCGCUGAACGAGAUUGACUUUGAAGGUGCCGAUGUGACUUUUGACUGCACCGGCAAGGAGGUGUGCAUGCAAGCCGGACUUUAUGCAACCAGACCCGGCGGCAAGCUGAUCAUGGUCGGCAUGGGCACACCAAUUCAAACUCUUCCUAUGUCAGCAUCACAUCUGAAGGAAGUUGACAUCAUCGGGAUUUUCCGAUACGCAAACACCUACCCAACAGGUAUCAAGAUCCUGUCCGCAGGUGUCCUCCCAAGCCUCGACAACAUGAUUACGCACAGAUACCAUGGUCUCGCUUCAACCAAAGAGGCUUUCGAGCUCGCCGGAAAGACCAUGGACAAGGACGGCAACUUGGUCGUCAAGGUCCUUGUUGAGAUGUAAAUAGGGCCGACCUGUAAUUGUAUACAUCCUUUCUUCAAGAACCGUUGUGGGUAUUAAAGACUGCUUGGAGGUGUAAUGGGAGUACUACAUGUUGUAGCUGGGCGUUCACAGGAUAAUUUUGGGAUUCUGUUCAAGACUGAGAUACCAAUCGCUUCUUUUUUAGUCCGCGUCCGGAGUAGAGUAUUCUGGGAUAUCAACUAGGGUAGAGUUUGACGAAAAAAAGCUUCCGGUCUGUACUGAGCUGGAAAAUAUGAUAAAUUGUAA